CUAUUCAUCCCAGUACACGAACUCAAUGUUCAGAACAGCGAUCCCAAACUAAUUCAGCAACUUUUGAUGAUUUUUCUCUGUUACCCUCGUUAUCUGAAUCUUGGCCACGGGUUGUAAUCGUGCCGUCUCAAUCCCUUUCUGAUAUUGA